AUGGCUGCCCUCACACCCCUGGUGAAGCCAAAGAUCGUCAAAAAGAGGACCAAGAAAUUCAUCCGCCACCAGUCAGACCGUUAUGUCAAAAUUAAGCGUAAUUGGCGCAAGCCCAGAGGCAUCGACAACAGAGUUCGGAGAAGAUUUAAGGGCCAGAUCUUGAUGCCCAACAUUGGUUACGGGAGCAACAAGAAGACAAAACACAUGUUGCCCAGUGGCUUCCGCAAAUUCCUAGUCCACAAUGUCAAGGAGCUGGAGGUGCUGCUGAUGUGUAACAAAUCUUACUGUGCUGAGAUUGCGCAC